AUGGAUGUACAUUGUAUCACUCAGUUGAUCGAGGAGUUUCAAAUAACCUCAGAUAAACAGAAUACUGAUGUAGGCGAUUACCUUUUGGGUGAUGAAUUUCCGAAGUCAUGGAAUAUAGACAAAUUGAGCCUGCCUCCGAAAUCAAUACCCUUACUUAAAUACAAACUGAUAGAUGAUGAAGAAAAGAGCGUUUCACUUUCCACAAGUCACAUUUAUGCUAAUGGUCCUCUUUCAAGAAGUGAUACACUGCAUGCACAAUUUAAAUCCCUUAAAUGUCUAACAAAAGGAAAUUCAAAAACUGUUUAUGAAGCAACUUUGAGAGUUACAACUGCAGCUGGAUUCAGUUUUUCACCUGGUGACAGUAUCUCCAUAUUUCCAGAAAACGAUCCACACACUGUCUCAUGGUUGUUAAACCGACUAGAUUUAGACGCUCUGAAGAAUGCAGAUACACGUUUUAUUGUAGAAGCCGUGGAUGUUACAAAAGCGCGAAAUCUUCCGUCUUGGUUAAUUUCUGGUCGUUCAACUUCACUGAGAUUUUUGUUAACAUAUUGCUGUGAAUUGUACAUACCAAUAAGUCGUCGAAUUUUGAGGAUUUUGGCAGACUACUGUGUUAAUGAUGAAACUAAUUCUAUUAGUUUUGACAGACAACGAAACCGACUGUUAGAUUUUGCAAGUCAAGAGGGAAAGAAUAUGUUUGAAAUGUACAUUGUAAAGCCACAACUCAAUCUCUUGGAUAUUCUGUAUAUGUUUCCAGCUUGCCGACCACCUUUUAUUCGCCUACUGGAAAUUCUACCACGUCUUCAACCUCGGGCGUAUACACUUAUUAAUUUAUAUGAUGAAUCAUCAUUAUCCGUAGAACAAGAUUUAACGUUUAUUUUCACCAGAGUAGACUUUGAAUAUAAUAACAGCAAUAAUAAUAGCAACGAUUCUGUAAGCAGAUUGCGUUACCCGCAUAGACAUCAUGGCACAUGUAGUGGUUGGUUAGAAAGACAAUGGCUGAAUGUUAGCCAACCUGUUAUUGGUGAUGAUGAUGAUGAUCAACAUCAUCGCAUGGAAGAGGAGAAUACUUCCACACGCAUAGGCGAACCGAUUAUCCAGAUAUAUUUACGUCAAAAUUUAACACAAUUUUAUCUACCUGCCAAUGAUGCACCGUUUAUCAGCUUUAUAAGACAACGUAAACGUGACUACAAUAAGACGGGAUCAUCAACCAAUAACUUAUGGUUAAUCUAUGGAUGUCGUUCUCCAACAACCAGCCUUCUAUUCAAAGAAGAAUUAUCCGACGCUGUCAAUUCCAAAUUGUUAAGCCAUUUAUGCCUAUGUUUCUCUAGAGAUACUGUUAAUUCACCAGAUGACAAAUAUACUCUUGCUGACUUGCCAUCAGUAUUACGCGAACAAGCUUGUUUCCCCUUGAAAUCACAUUAUGUUCAAGAGUGUAUCUACCAUUCUGACUCGUCUGAGAAUACUCCAUCUGAACAUGCUAUUGAAUUAAUGCAUCUUGUUUAUGAUCACAGAGCAAAGAUAAUGGUUUGUGGUGAUGCACGUGGUUUAGCGCCAGGUGUUUUCCAAGCUUGGAUUAAGUUAUUAGCUAUGAAACUUCAUUGGGUACAAACAAAUACUUGGUGUACAUAUGCUGAGUUAUCUAGUGAAGAAUUGAAAAACGCUCAGGUGUAUCUGCAAGAAAUGCGUAAAUCUAAACGCUAUCAAGAAGAUAUUUGGUUGUAA